AUGUUCCCGAUUACUUGCAAUGCAAUCGGCGACAUCAUCGCAGUCGUCCAGCUCAUUCGCGAUAUUGUUGUGGCGCUCGACGAUGCGCGCGGCGCUGCUGAAGAGUACAAGCAGUUCACCCGCGUUCUUUCCGCCCUCGGUACCGUCAUGGGCGAAGUCUACGAUCUUGCCAAAGCCUCGUGCAAUGAGAUCUUGAAGCAAGCCGUACUUGAGGAGGUCCAACUAUGUUGCAUCGACAUCAACAAUGCGCACAAGAGCAUCUCCGGCUAUGGAAAGCUCGAGAAGAUCGCCGCUCGCUCGACUCGCAAUACUACGCGCGGCGUCUUCCUGAAGCUUCAAUGGCAUCUUUUGCGGGCUUCCGAUGCGGCCAAGUAUGCGCAACGUUUCGAUGAUAGCCAUCAGAGGCUCAACUCGUUCAUAUCCUUACUCGGGCAUCAAUCGACGUCUCACUUGCUAGAGGAGCAGCAGCUUCAACUUCGGGCUCUACAGGUCCAGAGCCGGGCACUUCGCGAGUCUACCAAAAAGAUCGGGGAUGUAGCUCUCUCUGCCUUGGGACAGGUCUCGUCGAUGUCGCGUCAACAAAUCGUCGAACAGACUAUUUCUCGCCCGUUCUUUGCCGUGCCACACGAUCGACGAGUCGCGUCUCGGGUCCGACGCGUCGCUGACAUGAUCUUCGACUCGCUCGCUCCUGAUACUCCACGAGAUCGGCGGGAUCGAUUCUUGUCUCUGCUUGCGCCGUUCUUCGUCGCAGGCGCUGCAUUUGUCGUCCAUAACAACGUAGGCUUACAAUGGCAGGCCACGGGCCUCUGGUCCGCGAUCUGUGCGCUCGUCGCGCAGGUUCUUUGGCUCCAGUCAUCCACGCCUAUGCACCCGGGAUUUGGCCUCGAAAACGGCGUGCUCCUAAUCGGAUUACUAGGAGAGGAGAUUACUGUACCGAGCCACUUCUGCUCUUCGUACGAGUACUUUCACGGCUUCUUAUGCCUCUUCUACUCGAAGAUACCAGGAGCAGUUGACUUUGUCCCUUGCAAGCGUUAUGAGCUAUACAAGGCCGGAACAUCAUGGCUCGUCUCAGAGGAUAACUGGACGGCUUGUAUGCGUCCCGGCAUCUGUAUAGAGAUGGGCUUACUACACAUAUACUACUUUCAAUCCGACGGUCCAAAGUGUCCUUACUGUGACUGGGAGUACAGUACCCGCUCAGAGUCGCAUGAGGUGGUCUGCACAGGUUGCGCCAAGAAAUUUCGACAGACUAGAGUAAACCUCGAGCUGGUUAGAUUGGCUGGCGUGGGCGCAAUAGCCAGCAUCUUUGCAAGACUCCGCGGCACGGAUUGGAGAUCAGCUUUCUCCCAGAUUAAUCUGCCAAUUUCUACCUUGACAACAUCAGCCCAGUAUCUCUCUUAUGUCGAUAUCGACGAGGCCUUAUCGUUUACACGCAGAUGUCGCCGGCUUCAUGUCGUAAGCCAGCAGACCAUAUAUGAUUACGCACCGGAGCAGAUGCAACUGGUGUCGCAGCAGGUUGUGGAUGCUCUGAUCGCCAACCAGGACAUAUUCUCGAGGUCGACCCUCGUUUACGAACUGUUCCGAGCACGCAUUUGGUCUACCAGUGACUGGAACGCCGAGGACACUAUGUACGAAAAACAUCUGCGCGCAGAGACGUCCGUGUACAAUGCCGCAUUGGAAGAGCUCGAGCGAGGUACAAUACUCGGCGGCACGCACAAGAGUGCACCGUUCGAUCAACCAAUGACAGUCGUGCAGCAGCUACUCGCACAGAUGGUUUCGACACUAGAUGCUUUCAUCGAGCAACCAUCAGAAGAGGGCGUGUGCCAGUGGGAGGAUAUAGUCAAGGGCCACUCGGGGGAGUAUCUAUCGCUCGACGAGCGCAAUGCGUUUCAGGAGCUAGUAACAGAACAUGGAACGAUCAGCCAAGACUUCAAGACUGUGUUCGGCUUUGCUGGAAGAUCGCCCUGA